AAUAUGUCUUCGGUUCACUUGGCUGCAGGGUGCUCCUCGGGAAAGGGAAGCCGCUGCAGCGACGGCGACGCGGUUUCGGGCGACACAAUUCGGGCCCAGCUGAGGGAGGAGGAGGAGGAGGAGGCGGGUCAUGGCGGAGACGGAGAACGGGGGCAGCGGCGGCGCCUCCGUGCAUGAGACUCGCUUUGAGGCGGCCGUGAAGGUGAUUCAGAGUCUGCCCAAAAAUGGUUCAUUCCAGCCAACAAAUGAAAUGAUGCUCAAGUUCUAUAGUUUCUACAAGCAAGCAACUCAAGGACCUUGUAAUAGUCCAAGACCUGGAUUUUGGGAUCCUAUUGGUAGAUAUAAAUGGGAUGCAUGGAGUGCUUUAGGGAAUAUGCCCAAAGAAGAUGCUAUGAUUGCCUAUGUUGAAGAAAUGAAAAAGAUUCUUGAAACAAUGCCAAUGACAGACAAGGUUGAAGAACUACUACAUGUGUUAGGCCCCUUCUAUGAAAUUGUAGAGGAUAAAAAGAACAAAGGAUCUGGCAUAAUAGCAGACCCUGGAAAUGCCAUAACGUCUGUGCCGGCUGUGAAUGGCAAAUCUGAAAGCGGUGACAGUGGAGCAGAAUCGGAAGAAGAACCACAUCAGGAAGAAAUAGCAGAAUUACAUGUUGCUCAAGGUGAGAGUGUGGAACAGAGUUCUAUCACGGAUAAGGAGUUGGACAAUGUUGUUGCCAAUGGCUGUUGUGACGAUGUGCCUAUUGUUAACAUGCACAAUAGCACACAGACUAAAUCUGCCCUGAAUGGCUUAAAUGUGGAUGAAGAAAUAAAGAAGAAAGAGAAACAUCUUGAACUACCUAUUGUAUCUAAUUUAGCUUCUUCUCACGAAGGUAUGAAUGAAGACACCACUGAGGAAGUCUCUGGGAUUCAGCAUUUGACAAGUGAUUCAGAUAGUGAAAUAUUCUGUGAUUCUAUGGAGCAGUUUGGGCAAGAAGAGAUGUUGGAAAUCAGUACAGCAACCAAAGAAUUUUCAAAACAUCCAUUCAAUUUCUCAGAAGCAGAUUAUGGUAGUCUGCUAGAAACUUCUGGUUUUUUGCAACUUGGAAACUACAAGGCAGAAGGUAUAAAGGAGGCUGCAAUUGAAGGAAAAGGUGAAGUCAAGUGUGGUGGAGAAGAUGGCAAGACAAGUGAUGGAGGCCCUCACAAAGAAAAGAAAGGUGGCGAAAAAGUGGACUUCUACGGAAUCAGAAGAGGGAGAGGUAAUUGCAUGCACCCUUUGGGUGAUGGUGCCCAGGGCGGGCAGAUGGGCAGUGGAGGAGAUGGAGAACGAUGGGGCUCAGACAGAGGACCAAGGGGCAGCCUCAACGAGCAAAUUGCAGUAGUGCUCAUACGAUUGCAAGAAGACAUGCAAAAUAUUCUUCAGCGAUUGCAUGCACUUGAGACACUAACCACUUCACAGGCAAGAACAGCAACCCUACAUUCAAAUAAUCAGCCUGCUUCAUCUGUUAAGAAACCAUCAUGGUGGCCCUUUGAGAUUUCUCCUGGUACUUUAGCCUUUGCUGUUUUAUGGCCCUUCGUUGCCCAGUGGCUGAUGCAUGUAUAUCUUCAAAGAAGGAGAAGAAAACAGAACUGAGGGUUCGGUAUCAGAUUUUACUUGACAACUAAUACGAAGACAUUCUGGAAGGUGAAAUAAUACCCACAAAAUAUCCACAAGAACUGCAGGCUCUGGGAUGGCUAAAUCAUUCUUCUGUUUUUUGUUUUGUUAUUUUCCUUUUGCACUACCAGAGAUAACAUACUUGAAUUAACUAUUUCUCUUAAUAACCUAAGACCUAGGUUACCUAGUAACCUAGAAUAAAUGCAACGAUCACAUUGAGAAAUCACAUUAACCUUAAAUUAAUUGUUUUGGAAUGUACUUUCUGAUGAAGUCCAUAGAGUUAAAGGGAUCUUAUUGCAGCUCUUACUGAGAGAUGUUCAUUCCAGCUUUGGAAAAAAGAAAAGGUUCCCUGAAUGAAUGCGAAAAAUCUGUAAAUUGUUAUUUUAAUAUGACAUUUUAUAACGUCAGUCAACUUUCCAUAUAGCAUAGAAAAUAUGCAAUAAGAGGAAAGUGUAAGUCUAGAGUAGUCAUAGUAGGUUGAUUGUAUGAUUGCACUUAACAUUGUAGCUCUGAGAGGUUUAACUUAUUGCUGCUACAUAGAUGGGGUAGCUUAUUAGUAAGUAAAGUAAAACCAAAUUUUUGAGGCUGUGGAUUGUACUGCAUGGGUACUAUCUUUACUGUAUUUAAAUUGUUGGUAGCCAAGCAUCCCAGCAUAUUAAGAUAGCCGACUGGGUUUGUCUAUGGCACAACAGAUUCAGAAAAGUUCAAUAGAGAGGAUGCAGUGCAGAGAAAGAAUGACCCCGGCACUUUAAGCCACUUUGAAACAGCAGGACUUGGAUGUACAUUUAAAUUAUUAUCCCAUUGAUUUUGAUAUAACAGAUCUGGAUUGUGUCAAGUGGCAGCAGUGAAAAUAUUGUGACCAUAUUGUCUUCACGAAAACUUCAGUUUUAGCCGAGUUACAUAAUAUUCAUACAGAAGAUGCAUGCUAAAAGCGAUCUACACAUUGCUGUCUCAGGGUGAGGACAGAAACAGACUUUUGCAAAUGGAUGGGUGCGAGUACCAGCGCAAGAGGCUACUGCAGGGGAGCCCUGCAUCCAGUAAAGGUGUUUUGAGUAGUACUGCUGUACUUGGAGUACCUUGUGGCCAAGGCCCCAGUCGCAGGUACAAGCAGGGCAUCAAGGAGCAUCUAGUUUUCACUAGGGUUGCAAACCUGUGACUGGGCAGUGCCAAUACAUACAGCAGGUGGGGGCUCGCAGGAUUUAAUUUUCCUUUAUACCAAAAAUUCUCUACAGGUGGGAAACAAAUGUCAGAGAGAUUAGGCUAGCGCUCUUCUCCCUGCGUGGAGACAUUUUUUAAAAAAAAUAGGAACAAAUAUUCAAUCUUGGGCACUCUAGGUGCUGAAGUAUAACAGUCCAGGCACAGGUUUACCAAGACUCAGUGCCAGCUAUCGACAGAAGGGAAAUUGGGUGCUCCUCUUGGGCCAUGUAGCCCUUUCUGGCUCACGUAAUGGCUGAUUAGCCCUCUCAACUUGGACUAGUGUGUGUGGGGGCAUGUGGAUACUCUGAGGUAGCAACUGGCCCAGUUUUUUUGUAGCUGCAAUUUGCUGGGUUCAGGCCAUUCUUAAUAGUUAAUUCUACCUUCCUGUUUAUGUGGCCUUUCCCCCUUCCAUUAGUGGGUCCCUUUAUCUUUACAAUAAACACCUUCAAGACAAUUUUAGCAUUGUCACUUUAUUAAAUUUCUACUUACUGCUUUUAUUUAUCAGAUACAUAUUUGAAUAUCUGUUAGUUAUAGCAUCUCUAAAAUAUGAUUGCAAAGAAUCUUUCUAUGGAAAGGGGGAAAGUAAAUAAUGAAGGCUAACAUUUUUCGUAUAAUAUAAAAAUGAACUUACAGUGAUUGCUUCUCAGUUCUAUGGUGAAAAGAGACGGAUCUGUGAAAAUAGAGCUGGAACACUGAAGCUGCUUGCUCCUAGAUGAGCCUAUGAGUCAAUUAACUUACUUUGAAGUAAUUUCUAGAUUGUGACAUGCUUUGCACGGUAUAAUUCUUCAGUGAUACAUCACAAGAAGGUCAUGAUCUUGAAGUUUGAAGAGCGCCUUCUUAUCUGUUAUAUGCUGUAUAAAUAAUGUAAUUUACAGGAGUGAAAAUCUUCUGCCUUGUUAAAUAGAACAUGGUUUUAAAGUUUAGUUUAAAAGCUAGCUCAUUUUAAUCUGUUGUAAAUAGCAUUUAUCAAAUAAAUAGGAGUAUAUUGCCUGAGGACAUUUUGGAGCUGUUGUGUGAUUGGAUGUAAUAUCAAAGGCAGGUUUGAAAUUUUCAGAAAGGGUUCUCAGAACAGUAAUUGGUUAGAAAUGAUAGGGAUAAAAAUAGUCUGAGGGGCUGUACUGGCUUUUCAUUGAAGAAAGUAAUCAGCUGCAGAAAGGACCUUCUUCAAAGGGGAAACUACCUGGAUCUCAAAUUGUCAUCCUUUUGACAGUAGGGAAGCGGUAUUUCUUUGGAUGCCCAGCAUGAACCAUGAAAUAGGAGGGCGGGAGGGAAGAGAAGGAGGCAGGGCUUUCUCUUCCCAAGCUUAGAGGCUCACUGCAGAACAUAGAUUAAGUAGACUGAAAUUCUACGUUUUAACCUGCUGGACCUGUUCUUCAAACCUUUGGAAAUGGCUUGGAGUGGGAAUCUAACCAGGAAUUGCAAAAUUGGUGGAGUCUUAAGGACAAUCUCGCCCACCAGUCUGUGCUUAUGCCUCCUUUUCUGUUUAUCCUUUUAUCAUUAUGGAAAUGUUUCAACGCUUUCAAAACACCACACCUAUACACAUUGCAGAACAUAAACACUCUUUGAACAUGACAUUUUGAAAUGGUUUAUUUCUUCACUGCUUGGAUUAAUAAAUAAUUCCUCCAA